GCCUUUCUUUGUCUCCUUGCCCCUGCUCUAUCUUCUCAUUAUGGCUGCUCAGGCUAGUGAGAAGCUUGAGAAGCUUGACCUGAACGGUCAGAACGGCGAGUCCGCUGCGGGCCCAGCAAAAGCGGGCCAAGCAGAUGCCGGAGAGGUGGAGGAUGAGUCGGAUGAUGAUGCUGACGAUGCCGGCGCUGCUGCUGAUGGUGCAGCCAACGGAGCCGCAAAGAAAAAGAAGAAGCGCAAGUCUAAGAAGAAGAAGAAGGGUGGCGCCAAAGUACAGAGCUCUCCUCCCCGCGUUCCGGUGUCGAGCCUAUUCGCGAACGGCCAGUACCCCGAGGGUGAGAUUGUCGAGUACAAGAAUGAGAAUUCGUAUCGCACGACCAACGAAGAGAAACGCUACCUCGACCGUAUGAACAAUGACUUCCUGCAGGAGUACCGCCAAGGUGCCGAGGUUCACCGUCAGGUCCGCCAAUAUGCACAGAAGAACAUCAAGCCCGGCCAGACCUUGACGGAGAUUGCGGAGGGCAUUGAGGAUUCUGUUCGUGCGCUGACCGGUCACCAAGGUCUUGAGGAGGGUGAUAAUAUCAAGGGCGGUAUGGGUUUCCCUUGCGGCCUGAGCAUCAAUCACUGCGCUGCGCACUAUACCCCGAAUGCAGGCAACAAGAUGGUAUUGCAGCAGGGCGAUGUGAUGAAGGUCGACUUUGGAGCUCAUAUCAACGGUCGCAUCGUCGACAGUGCGUUUACCAUGUCUUUCGACCCUGUGUAUGAUCCUCUGCUUGAGGCUGUCAAGGAUGCUACCAAUACUGGUAUUCGCUCGUUGCAGGAGGCUGGAAUUGAUGUCCGCAUGAGUGACAUUGGUGCCGCUAUCCAAGAAACUAUGGAAAGUUACGAAAUCGAGCUGAACGGGACAACGUAUCCUAUCAAGCCUAUCCGUAACCUCAACGGUCAUAAUAUUGACCAGCACGUCAUUCACGGCGGCAAGAGUGUCCCAAUUGUGAAGGGUUCGGAUCAGACCAAGAUGGAGGAGGGUGAAGUGUUCGCCAUUGAGACCUUUGGUAGUACCGGAAAGGGCUACGUGAGAGAAGAUAUGGAAACUUCUCAUUAUGCGCUGGUCGCGAAUGCUCCUCAAGUUCCUCUGCGGCUAUCUUCUGCGAAGAGCCUCUUGAACGUCAUCAACAAGAAUUUCGGCACUCUGCCUUGGUGCCGUCGUUACCUUGACCGACUUGGCCAGGAUAAAUAUCUUCUUGGCUUGAACAACCUGGUUCAAUCAGGAAUUGUUCAAGAUUACCCGCCUCUUUGUGACAUCAAGGGCUCAUACACCGCCCAAUUCGAACAUACGAUCGUGCUCCGACCUACCGUGAAGGAGGUUAUUAGCCGCGGAGACGACUACUAGUUAGAACCUUGGUCAUAUUAUUUGGACGCACGAGAUGAUACAUAGCUCUUACCAACAGGUUUGAAGUAAAGACGAACAAAAUGAAGGAUUUUUUUAUUUUGCGUGG